UCAGCCUCUCAACCAGGCGAGGAUUGGCUGAAGCGGCCGGGAGCUCAGCCUUGCCUUGGGAAGUCCAGCCUUGGCGGCCAGGGAGUAAUCCCUGUGCAGCCUCCUCCUCCGAUUGUGCCCGAUCUGCUGCUUGCAGUGCCCGGAUUUGCUCUGGCGCCGGUGCUUCCCCUCCGCGGGUGCUCCGGGCGCCGCUCUCUGCUGGCGGAUCCGUCCUGCUUGCAUCGGGUCUCUCGCUCGAGCCUGUCAUUGAAAAGAUGGUGAAUGAGGAAGAGGAGGGUACUUCCAAGAAGGGCGGCCCUAAGCCAGCAGAGCCGCAUGGGAUGCUGUCUGAGAGCUGCCAGAGUCAUGGGUCUCCAGACGUCGAACCGGAAGGAGGUGAAACCAACGAGACAGAACCGAGAAGCUCAAAGCACUACCAGGAGAGUAAUUCUCUCGCCGUCAACGGUGACGCUUCUGACAGUGAGAAGGUUUAUCCCUCACAGACACAGUAUAUUUGCCCUGUUUGCGGGGAAUGUUUUAACGGGAGUUCCUGUCUCGUGGAGCAUCAGAGGGUUCACAAACAGGAGAAACCGCGCCCCUGCCCUGUCUGUGGAAAAGGUUACAACCAGGAAGCUGACUUGGUGGCGCACAUGCAGAGUCACACGGAAGAGAAGCCAUUUUCUUGCCUCGAGUGUGGAAGGAGCUUCCUUUUCAGCUCAGACCUGGUGGCCCAUCAAAAGGUCCACACUGGAGAGAAACCUUACAUCUGUCUGGAGUGUGGGAAAGGCUUCUCCCAGAGCUCACAGCUGAUGUCCCACCGCAGAGUCCAUACCGGGGAGAAGCCGUAUGAGUGCAUUAUCUGCGAGAAGAGCUUCCGGUCCAACUACGACCUGGUCAACCACCAGAGGAGUCACACCGGAGAGAAACCUUACAUAUGCUCUGACUGCGGGAAGAGCUUCACCCGCAGCUCCCACCUCAUUUCCCAUCAGAGAGUCCACACCGGCGAAAGACCGUACCCUUGUGGGAUCUGCGGGAAGCGUUUCCGCGACUGCUCCCAUCUCAUUCGGCAUCAGAGGGUCCACACGGGCGAGAAACCGUACGAGUGCUCCAUUUGUGGGAAGAGCUUCCGGGUCAAUUACGACUUAGUUACCCAUCAGCGGAACCACACGGGAGAAAAACCUUACGAAUGCCCCGAUUGUGGGAAAGGCUUUAAGCGGAGUUCGCAUCUCAUCUGCCACCAGAGGGUCCACACCGGAGAAAGGCCGUAUCCCUGCGGCAUCUGCGGGAAAAGCUUCAGCUACAGCUCAGACCUCAUUAAGCACCAGAGAAUCCACACGGGGGAGAAGCCUUACGAAUGUCACAUUUGCGGGAAGAGCUUUCGGAUCAAUGCUGACCUGGUCACACACCAGAGGAUCCACACUGGAGAGAAACCUUACACCUGCUCUGAUUGUGGGAAAUGUUUUGCCCGGAGCUCGCGUCUUGUGUCCCAUCAGAGAGUCCAUGUGAAGGACGGGACCUUGGGAACGUCUUUUUCUGAAACUGAGCCAUCCCAGCCAGGAACAGCUGCUGUGUCCCCAGCUCCUGAGCAUCCUUGGGCCAAGGAAGAGAAGCUGGACCCAAGUGAGCCUCUGGCUCUGACGAGCCUGGGAACUUCUACUCAGUUCAUCCUUGGUGAUACUCCUCAGGCUAGCCAUGUGAGUGAAAUAAAGACAGAAUGCAGGAGCUGAGAGGCAAGAAAACUAAAAGGGAAACACUUACUUUCCAGUAACAAAAUAGUGUACAGAAUCCGGAGUCCCUUACCCAUUUUAAUUAGCCUUCAUGGAAAGUUUGCUUGAUCAAACAAGAUGCUAUCCAUGGCUCUCCCACCCACCCCCGCCCCAGUGUGCAUAUUGAAGGAUGAAUGGGUUGAUCCAAGGAAGAAUGAAGUGUCUGCGCCCGCAGUGUGGUCUCGCCGGCCCUAUUUAAAUUAAAAGCCAUUUUGACAUGGGCUGGCUUUGCUUCCCCAAAGAAACUCUUGGAAAUAUAGUUUGUUGAGAAUUCUUGAUUAAAAAUGUAUAGCGUAGAGGUGGGAGGGGAAGUGUACAAAAACGGAUGUAACGUUGCAGCCCCUUCAGAAAUAUAUUUAUUGAUGCAAGCAAAAGCAAGAAAAAAUGACGCUGCUGUUAUAUGGGUUGCCUUGGAAUGACAAAUGGAGCAAGACAAUUAUAACCGAAAUUAGUGUUUAUUGUAGGAAAGUGUUUUCUUUAAAAUAAUGCAAAGAAAUAAUCUCUUAUCCAUCAUGGCUGUUUCUUAAGAAAUCCAUACAACCUAGGGGUUUAUUUGCUUUGUCCCUCAGUGGAAAGCCAUGGCUUUUUAAGAAUAUACUAAACACUCACAGUUCUUUUAAACGCAGUCUUCUGCUUCACGGAAACAUUCUGUUGUUUAUUAUCUUCUAACAAUGUCUCUCCUACGUUUGUGUGUGCGUAUUUUUAAUAAAAACCCUGUUGCUAUAAUAAAAAUGCUUUAGUUGGGUAGAAUAAAGCUUUAAGUCAUUAAUAACAUUAUUUAACUUAAUUUAUAAGCCAUGAUCUUUUUGUAUAGAUCGACCACUCAUACAAAGAGAGGGAUGCCCAUGGAAUGUAUGGGAAGUUUUGUUUAUUUCUCCCCCUCAUUUCUCAUGGAGCAGCUGUGUAGGCCCCCACCUUUAGCCUUUCAACUAGGUAUGUCGCUGUAUCUGUCUAAAGGAAGAAUUCUGGUGGAUUUUUUUUUGUAGUAGUGCAGUGAAGGCCUCUCUCCUUUGGGUCUUAUCUCAAGGUGAAUUUAAUUAAAACUUGAGGCAUUUCAAUCCAGCUAUCUAAAAACAUAAACCAAGUAUGACGCAAAGGCUUGUUGUGUCUAGUAUAUUUCUGAAAUGUUUAUGCUGUUCCCUGGAGGUUCACCACUGAUCUCUUCUUGUUUAUUGUAUUCCUUCUAUUCAUUAAUCCUUUUUUUUUUGCCUGAAAUCUCAAACGUUCACUCACAAUUCUUCCUGAAGGGAAGAUGGGAUGCUAGAAACAGAUUUAGUCAACUUUGGGUGCAGUCAUAUCUGGGCUUGAUUGUGAGUAGAUGUGCUUGGGACUAUACUUAUACUUGAGACUAUACCUAUAUUUUGAUAGCUGCUAACAAAACGAUUGUGAAAACUGUCAGUUGUUCCAGCUGUAUGUCCCACCCCAUAGCCAUAGACCAGGAGUCGGCAAACUUAAACACUCAAAGAGCCAUUU